AAAUCAAAUCCCCAUUUCAGAUAUUCUCUUUAUCUCUCUACAUAAGAAGAAGAAGAACAUGAAGAAAGAGGAUCCAUGGCGGUUGUCGCUGUGGAAGAAGGAAUAUGCCACUUUAUUAUACCUAUCAGACAUUCACAUAUUCUUUUAGUCAUUCCGUUUUUGUUUAACAAUUUUCUUUUUAUAUAUAUAUAUAUAUAUAUAGCUGAAAAUGCUACAUUUCUCUCCUUCCUUCACUCUCCUUUACGUCCUCUUCCUCGUCCAGUAUAUACAACUUGGUCUUUAUGGUGGUAUUGAUAUUUUCAAAGAGCAUCUCUCUCAGAAUACAACGUGAAGUUACACGAUGCCGAAACCAAAGGCUGGAACUGAUUGGCGAUGCCAUAGUUUAUUGAAUAGCUUUAAGAUGGAGAGGGUCAGGACGAUGCUGAAUCACCCAUACCCUUAUCCACACGAGCAUUCGCGUCAUGCAGUUAUUGCUGUCGUUGUGGGUUGCUUGUUCUUCAUUUCGUCAGACAAUAUUCAUACUCUUAUACAGAAGUUAGACAGCAACAUUAAAUGGUGGUCAAUGUAUGGCUGCCUGCUCGGGUUCUUUUAUUUCUUUUCAUCACCAUUUCUUGGGAAGACAAUCACACCUAGUUAUUCAAAUUUUAGUCGGUGGUACAUUGGCUGGAUUUUAGUGGCAGCACUAUAUCAUCUUCCCAGUUUUCAAUCAAUGGGAGUGGAUUUGAGAAUGAAUCUCUCCUUAUUUUUGAACAUAUAUGUUACAUCAAUUCUGUUUCUUCUGGUUUUCCAUGUUAUAUUCUUGGGGCUCUGGUAUCUUGGUCUGGUUGCUCGUGUUGCUGGAAGUAGGCCAGCGGUCUUAACCAUUGUUCAAAAUUGUGCAGUUCUAAGCGUAGCAUGUUGUGUAUUUUAUAGCCACUGUGGCAACAGUGCUACUCUAAAGGAAAAAUCACUUGAAAGGUCAUCUAGCUGGUUUAAAUUUUGGAAAACAGACGAGCAGAAAACAUGGAUCGCAAAAUUGCUUCGGAUAAAUGAAAUGAAAGAUGAGAUCUGCUCGUCAUGGUUUGCUCCUGUAGGGUCUGCCAGUGAUUAUCCACUUCUAGCCAAAUGGGUCAUUUAUGGUGAGCUAGCUUCUAAUGGCUCAUGUGAGGGAUCAUCAGAUGGGAUUUCUCCCAUAUAUUCAUUAUGGGCCACUUUUAUAGGCCUCUAUAUUGCUAACUAUGUAGUGGAGAGAUCAACAGGAUGGGCUUUGACUCACCCGACAUCAGAAAGAGAAGUUGAGAAGGUGAAGAAGCAAAUGAGGCCUGAAUUUCUAGACAUGGUUCCUUGGUAUUCAGGGACAUCGGCUGAUCUGUUCAAGACGGUUUUUGAUCUUCUGGUCUCAGUAACAGUGUUUGUUGGGCGCUUUGACAUGCGUAUGAUGCAGGCGGCGAUGAGUGGGGUUCAUGGAGGGGCCAAAGAAGAUGACCUUUUGUACGACCAGUUCAGUGAAAAAGAUGAUUUUUGGUUUGAUUUUCUAGCAGAUACUGGUGAUGGUGGAAAUUCCUCAUAUACAGUGGCACGUCUUGUUGCUCAACCAUCUCUUCAGCUUUUGAGUGAUGAAGAGACGCUUAAUCUGCCUCGUGGAAACCUUCUAUUGAUUGGGGGUGAUCUUGCAUAUCCUAAUCCAUCCUCAUUCACUUAUGAAAAGCGCUUCUUUCGUCCUUUCGAGUAUGCUCUUCAGCCACCAUCAUGGUACAAAGAAGACCACUUGGCGAUAAACAAACCUGAAUUACCUUCUGGAUACUCUGACAUAAAGAUGUAUGAUGGACCUCAGUGCUUUUUAAUCCCAGGAAACCAUGAUUGGUUUGAUGGACUUCAGACUUUUAUGAGGUACAUUUGUCACAAGAGCUGGUUAGGUGGAUGGCUUAUGCCCCAGAAGAAAAGUUAUUUUGCAUUGCAACUUCCUAAAGGAUGGUGGAUAUUUGGUCUAGACCUUGCACUUCACAUGGACAUUGAUGUUUACCAGUUCAAAUUUUUCUCAGAAUUGAUAGAGGAAAAGGUUGGAGAUGAUGAUUGUGUCAUCAUUGUCACACACGAACCGAUUUGGCUUCUUGAUUGGUACUGGAGUGACACUUCCGCGAAGAAUGUCUUGCACUUGAUUCGUGACUGCUUGAAAGGAAGAUGUAAAAUCUGGAUGGCUGGGGAUUUGCAUAAUUAUUUGCGGCAUACUCAUAUACCAACAGACAAACCUGCUUGUGUGCAACACUUAUUGGUUAAUGGUUGUGGUGGUGCAUUCUUGCACCCCACUCAUGUCUUUAGUAAUUUCAAUGGAUUUGAUGGAGCCUCCUAUGAGAACAAAUCUGCUUACCCAUCAUUUGAAGACUCAAGCAGGAUUGCUCUUGGUAACAUACUGAAAUUCCGCAAGAAAAAUUGGCAGUUUGAUAUAAUUGGUGGCUUUAUUUACUUUGUAUUGGCCUUUUCAAUGUUUCCUCAGUGUAAUCUAGACCACAUAUUGCAGAACGAUACUUUUUCUGAUCAGGUUGGGAGCUUCUUUAAUGCAGUCUGGGACACUUUUCUGUAUUUGCUAGGGCACUCGUGUGUGUCUGCAGCUGGGGCUACAAUGCUUUUAGUAAUUGCCAUUACUUUUGUCCCUUCUAAAGUUUCCCGAAAAAAGCGAGCUUUCGUUGGUAUUCUUCACGUUCUAGCGCACCUUUCUGCAGCUCUAAUUCUCAUGUUGUUACUUGAACUUGGUAUUGAAACUUGUAUUCAACAUAAGUUGCUUGCUACUUCAGGUUAUCACACGUUGUAUGAGUGGUACCACACUAUGGAGAGUGAACAUUUCCCAGAUCCAACUGGGCUUCGUGCGCGUAUUGAACAAUGGACAUUUGGACUUUAUCCUGCCUGCAUUAAAUAUCUCAUGUCUGCAUUUGAUAUUCCUGAAGUGAUGGCUGUCACUAGGAAUACUAUAUGCAAAGAAGGAAUGGAAUCCCUUUCCAGGGGCGGUGCAGUUAUAUACUACGCUGCAGUUUUUCUUUAUUUUUGGGUCUUCUCGACACCUGUUGUUUCUAUGGUGUUUGGAAGCUACCUUUAUAUUUGUAUCAAUUGGCUUCACCUGCAUUUUGAUGAAGCCUUUUCAUCACUCCGGAUUGCUAAUUACAAGGCGUUCACGCGAUUCCACAUCAAAAGUGAUGGAGAUCUUGAAGUUUUCACCCUUGCUGUGGAUAAGGUACCGAAAGAAUGGAAGCUGGAUCAUAGAUGGGAAGGGGAGGCAAGGCAACCGCAGCAAUUAAAUCAUCAUAGGGAAUAUCCUAGUAAAUGGCGUGCAGUCUCUUCACUGAACGAUCCCUUGAAGACCGUUAAGGUUGUUGACCAUUUUGUUGUACAACGGACAGGAAAUCUCAAUUUGGAUGAUGACACCAGAUCAGAUGCUCAUUGAUCUUGCAUAGUAUUGGUAGAAAAAGGUUUUAUGUCUUCUUGUAGUUAAAUGUAUCUUAUUGAUAUUGCUCUUUUUUUGUUUAUAAUUCAACUAAAAAUGGUGGAUUGGUCAGGGAUUCUUUGUUUUGUAGACUUAAUUGCCAUAGGUAGACAUGGGCAUCUACUUUGUGAAACUGAUAUUCUUUAAACAUGUUAGUAAUAGUGUUAUACUAUCUUA